GCAGGGGCGGGGGUCUAUCCCGGCCCCGCCCCCUUUCUCGUGACUUCCGCCCUCUCGGGAAACCCCGCAGCGGAUAUAGCGCCCUCUCUUUCCGGUGUGGCUCCUUUCCGGCCGUCGCUGCCUCCACGCGGACAUGCCUCUCGCAAAGGACCUCUUGCAUCCCUCCCCUGAGGAGGAGAAGCGGAAGCACAAGAAGAAGCGCCUGGUCCAGAGCCCCAACUCGUAUUUCAUGGAUGUGAAAUGUCCAGGUUGCUACAAGAUCACCACGGUCUUCAGCCAUGCUCAGACGGUGGUUUUGUGCGUUGGCUGCUCAACUGUGCUCUGCCAGCCCACCGGCGGAAAGGCACGGCUGACAGAAGGAUGCUCCUUCCGGCGAAAGCAGCACUAGAUGCAGAUUUGGAUGGUUGUUGCCCGGUGGGUGGGGCUACAGGCCCAGGGUCGGCUGCCAGGAUGGCUCUCGCGCUCUUUCUCGAAGGGCACAGACACCGAAGGCCAGCCGUGGCCGAGCAACGCUUGGGGCCUCCCGCUGCUGCGUAGGGAUCGGAUCAAACCGCGGCCGCCUCUGUCCUUGUAGCCUCGCCCAUUUGACCCAAUAAAUUUUGGAUAUAAAGACAA